AUUAUUUAUCUGUCCUGUCUCCUUUCUUUCUCCCUGGUAGAGUGGUAGGUACUGGUUAAUAGAAAUGUCAAAGUUCCACCAAUUUUAUUAAACUCAGUUUCUCUCUCCUCCAUAAUACCAGAAAACCCCAUCAAAAAAUGGAGCAGAAUUUGAGAGGAGUACCCACUCAUGGAGGAAGGUAUGUACAGUACAAUCUGUACGGUAACCUUUUCGAAGUUUCUAGUAAGUAUGUCCCUCCUCUUCGCCCCGUUGGCCGUGGCGCGUAUGGUAUUGUCUGUGCUGCUGUCAAUUCAGAGACACGAGAAGAAGUUGCAAUCAAGAAGGUUAGCAAUGCAUUUCAUAACAGAAUUGAUGCCAAAAGAAUACUCCGCGAAAUCAAACUUCUUCGCCACAUGAAUCAUGACAAUGUUAUUUCCAUCAGGGACCUAAUACGACCUCCUCAGAAAGAGAACUUCAAUGAUGUAUACAUGGUUCAUGAACUCAUGGAUACUGAUCUUCACCAAAUAAUAAGAUCCAACCAGCAGUUGACAGAUGAUCAUUGCCGGUAUUUUCUGUAUCAAAUAUUACGAGGGUUGAAGUACAUUCACUCUGCCGGUGUGCUGCACCGUGAUCUGAAACCCAGCAAUUUACUAAUGAAUGCAAACUGUGACCUUAAGAUUGGAGACUUUGGACUUGCCAGAACAACUUCUGAAGCCGAUUUCAUGACUGAGUAUGUUGUAACUCGAUGGUAUCGAGCACCAGAAUUACUUCUAAAUUGUUCAGAAUACACUGCUGCAAUCGAUAUUUGGUCUGUUGGAUGCAUACUUGGGGAAAUCAUGACUAGAGAACCCCUUUUCCCCGGCAAGGACUAUGUCAAUCAGUUGAAACUUAUUACCGAGCUGAUAGGGUCACCUGAUGACUCGAGUAUAGGGUUCCUACAGAGUGACAAUGCUCGAAGAUAUGUUAAGCAGCUACCACAAUAUCCAAGGCAACAAUUCUCUGCUAAAUUUCCAAAUGCUUCUCCGUUGGCUAUUGAUAUGCUGGAGAAAAUGCUCGUCUUUGAUCCCAGCAAGCGUGUAACAGUGAACGAGGCACUCAGCCAUCCAUAUCUUGCCCCUCUACACGACAUAAACGAGGAACCAGUUUGUCCUCAGCCAUUCAGUUUUGAUUUUGAGCAGCCGUCUUUCACAGAGGAAAACAUCAAGGAGCUCAUUUGGAGGGAGUCUGUCAUAUUCAACCCAGAUCACCCCAUUGCUUGACUCUUGCACCACAUUGACUUUCUUUCAACAGAAUAUGAAGGUGAAACUUUACAUGGUGGCUGGCAGUCAGCAGCAGAAUGAAUGGAUGAUAAUAGUUUUUAUGGUAAACUGUUGCUUUCCUAAUCUAUAACGUGGAAAAUUCCUUCUUUUAUUGCAACUGAAAUCGCGUUCAGGCAAAAAUUCAUGUACAUCGUGAUUCUCUUGUAUAUUGUUGGUAUGUAUGCCACUUUCUGUCAUUCCCUAUUAGAUGAUUGUUUUAUACCUUAUUAUUACCUUAGGAAUGUGGAUUUAUCCUGUCUUACUGAACACGGAGUAAUAAAGUAUCAUUUUGUUUUGUGUA